UCUCCAGAAAUAUGUGGACUGUUUUGCACUGUGCACUUUUCCAUUGGCUUUAUAUAUAUAUAAGAUAGGUAUGUAGAUAGAUAAGAUAUACUGAACGUGGUUGUCUUGUCUCUCCAGAGAUUAGAGAGAGAGAGAAUGGGGAAGACCAUGGCGGUGGGAGUACAUUGCAUCAUCGCCUUGCUAAUUCUGUCCGGUGCGGAUCUAGUCAGGUCCGACGGGUCGGAUCAUCGGUACAAGGAAGGAGAUUUUGUCCCUCUGUAUGCCAACAAGGUUGGCCCGUUUCACAACCCCAGUGAAGCGUACGGAUACUUUGAUCUCCCAUUCUGCUCACCAGAUGCGGUGACAGAGAAGGGGGAAGCUCUUGGUGAAGUAUUGAAUGGGGAUCGUUUAGUCAGUGCUCCUUACAAACUUGAGUUCCUAAGGCAUAAAGAUCCCGAAGUAGCUUGCAAGAAAACACUCACAAAGGAAGAAGUAGGCCGGUUCAGAUCUGCUGUCAACAAGGACUAUUACUUCCAGAUGUAUUAUGAUGACUUGCCCAUUUGGGGUUUCAUAGGGAAGGUUGACAAGGAAGGCAAAGACCCCCCGAGCGAGUACAAGACCUACCUUUAUAAGCACAUUCAUUUUGAUCUCUAUUAUAACAAGGACCGCGUGAUUGAAGUCAAUGUUCGAACAGAUCCAAAUGCACUGGCUGACCUUUCAGAGGAUAAAGAAGUUGAUGUUGAAUUCAUGUAUACUGUGGAGUGGAAGGAAACAACCACUCCUUUCGAUAAGAGGAUGGAUAAGUAUGCUCAGUCCUCAUCCUUGCCUCCUCUCGUCGAUGCCUAUGAAUUAUAUACUACCACUCGGCGUCUACUCCCAAACCUUGAAUAUGCGAAAAAGCUAGCUGAACUGCUAAAAGAACUAGUGCAAGAAGGACUAAAACGCUUGAAAGGUGAUCCUUCUGACGGUAACUGGUGUAAACGUAACGGGGACUGGUAUAACUGUAGUAAUCUUCCUACCGGUCGUCUUGUAACAUCAUUGAAUCUCAGCAGCCGACGCUUGACUGGCCAAUUUCCGGGCGCCAUUAGGUCCAUGGAUGAGCUGCAGAAAAUUGAUUUUCACAACAACUGCAUGUAUGGAACUAUUCCGGAUUUCCUUGGCUCCUUGCCUAAUCUAAAACUACUGAAUUUGUCAAGGAACAGACUCACUGGAUCCAUACCUACCUCUCUUUUAAACAACAAAAACCUUACUUUGGACGUGAGAGAGAAUUGUCUCGAUGGAAUGCCUUGCCGAGCAACGUCCUGUCCAGCCGUGAGAGCCGCGCGACAAACACCCCCUUCUCCUCCACCCCCUUCUCCUCCACCCCCUUCUCGUUCAGGAGGCAAGGAAUGCAGUACUCACAAGCUACAGAUGAUACUCGGUGGCAUAUUUCUUUUUUAUAUCUUCAGUAACCAAUAAAAAGUUUGCCGAGUUUGAUGGUCAACCGCCAUGUUCACUAUGAAACUAAAUAAAUUCUAGUCUAUGUAAGUGCUUCAUUCCAUUUCUCUUGCAAGAAGAAUUAAAGCGGUAUGGUGCCAUCGCCAUGCCGGGAUAUUUUGAUUUGGUAGACUUAAUUCAACUUUGCAACACUCUUUUGUUUA